CUGCCGUUCCCCAGCGCUUUUGUAGGCGCCUCUGGACAGAACGUGAAUAUCUGCGGCGCGAGGGACGCAGCGCGGCCUCCCCGCUGCUUUACCCCGGCCGGCACCGGCACCGGCACCGGGCUUGGGCGGCAGCAGUUGGCGCGGAGCUCGGGAGCCGCCUCCUUAAUAAACACUCGCUUUUCCUCCGAGCUUGGUUAUCGCUGUCGCGGCUCUGCGCUUCUCAGUGAACUAAGCAGUCAGAGGGGUUAUGGCUCUGCGGAAAUCAGUAUCUGUAAUUAAAACUGUUUAGUUAACCAAACCUUAGGAGUCUGAGCAUUUAGAAAUAUCUUCUAAUAAGCAUCACUUAAAAAGGUAAUUUAUCAAAUUUGGAGGUUUUUCAAAUUGAUCUCAGAGCUUUUUGAUGUGCUCUGGAGAGCUAGAAAAUUACAGGCCCUGGUGCUGCUGAAGUGCAUUUAUAGACAUCAGGAAAAAAAUAUUUCUUUUAAUAUUAAAGUAAGAAAAUGUGUAGAGCUGCUUCAUGAAUGCUAAUAAUGAAUACAGAGCAAAUAACAUCUAAACUGUACCUGUUUAGCUUAUCAAAUAGAUUAUUUCUACCCUGAAAAAUGAAUUAAGCUGUCAUUUGAAUCAGGGUGUGGAAAUGCUUUCAGUAUGACACCAUUAACCUCAUAAGGUAUGGGGCAUGGAAAUGAACACGGCCAUGGCCACGGGCCCAGCAAAAUGGAGCUCCCUGACUAUAGGCAGUGGAAGAUAGAGGGAACGCCGCUCGAACAAGUCCAGGAAAGGCUGGCUAGGCGGGGUCUGAGGGAUCCGUGGGCUCGUAAUGAAGCCUGGAGGUAUAUGGGUGGCUUUGCAAAACCUGUCACCUUAACAGAAGUCCUUACUAAGGGAUUCAAGUGGGGAUUUGCAGCUUUCGUCAUAGCUCUUGGCGUUGAAUAUGCAAUGUUUCCUCCAAAGAAGAAUGGAGGUCAUCACUGAACACCAACUAUGAGAAUUUAUUCUGAAGAAAAGUGUACAAUAAUGUGCUGCUCAUUCUAUAUCUGUAAUAUACGUAUUAAAAUCUAUCACAGACAAAA